UCUUUCAUCUCCAGUCAAACCAGCAAGGUCGUACUGGCCUUUCCUCCCUAAGGUAAAUGUAGAGGCUGCUCCUGCAAGGGAAGGGUCAGUUCAGCCCUAGCGUUGGGCUUCCCAUCUCCAGCAGCAUGGUGCCUCCGGGGAAAAAACCGGCUGGGGAGACUUCCAACUCCAACAAAAAGUGUAAGCGCUAUUUCAAUGAGCACUGGAAGGAGGAGUUCACCUGGCUGGAGUUCGACUACGAGCGGAAACUCAUGUUUUGCCUAGAGUGUCGCCAGGCGCUGGUGAAGAACAAGCACGGUAAAGCGGAGAACGCCUUUACCGUGGGCACGGACAACUUCCAGCGGCACGCUCUGCUGCGGCACGUCACGUCGGGCGCUCACCGCCAGGCGCUGGCCGUCAACCGCGAGCACUCGGCCUCGGAGGCGCGCGGCCGCGCGGAGCUGCAGCCGCUCCUCAAGGUGGAGGUGAGCCCUGCCAAGAUCGCCAUCCUCACCACCGUCUACUGGAUGGCCAAGGAGGAGAUCCCGCUCGAGAAGGUCUCCUCCCUGCUCGAGCUGCAGAGGUUCAACCUGUGCCAGGCGCUGCUCACCUCGGAGCACAGUGACUAUUACCGUCCCGGCAGCGUUCGGGAGAUGCAGGCCGCCAUGGCCAAGGUGCUGCAGCGCGAGGCCCGGCGCAGGAUCGAGGCGUCGCCCUUCGUGGGGCUGCUGGUGGAGGAGACGGCGGACGCCGCGGCCGUGUUCGGCACCACCGUGUCGCCGCGCAGCGGGCAGCCCUCGGCCGCCUUCCUGGGGAGCUUCGCGGGGCAGCCCGGGGCGGCGGCGGGCGCGCUGGCCGAGGCCAUGCGCCGCUUCGGCAUCGCCACCGGCGCCGUGCGCUGGGCAUCGCUGCUGCCCGCCGUGGAGGCGCUGGACGCCGCGUGGCCCGCGCUCGUGCCGCUGCUGGAGCGCGAGGCCGCGCGGUCCGCCCUGCUGCUGCGCCUCUGCCGGGAGCUCAAGAGCUUCCAGUUCGUGGCCUUCACCAAGACCCUCCUGGACGCCCUGCCCGUCUUCCAGAAGCUCCGCGGCUUCUUCCACGGCGAGGACUCGGACCCGGCCCUGCUGGCGCCCGCGGUGGCGGCGGCGGCGGCGGCGCUGCGGGCGCAGAGGGACGCGGGCGGGCGCCACCUCGGCGCCUUCCUGAGCGCGGCGCGCGACGGCCGCCCGCGCUACCGCGGCGUGCAGCUGGAGCAGAGCUCCCCGGCGCACCGCAAGCGCUUCGAGCGCCUCAAGGAGAGCUACCUGGAGAGCGCGCGCGGCGGCCUCCUCGAGAGCUUCCCCGGCGGCCUCCUGGAGGCCCUCAGCUCCUUCUCGGCCAUCUUCAACCCCAGGCGCUACCCUCGCGCGCUGGAGGAGGUGGGCGCCUACGGCGUGGGCGAGCUGGACUUCCUGCUGCGGACGUACUCGCGCGUGGUGCAGAGCGAGCGUGCGCGCGGCGACUUCCCGCUCUUCAAGCGCGUCGUGCUCAGCCUCGGGCCGCUCUCCUUCAAGGAGCUCUGCGCCAAGCUGGCGUGCGGCAGCUCCGAGAUGCACGAGCUCUUUCCGGACUUCGCCGUCCUGGCCGCCGUGGCGCUGGCCUUGCCGCUGGGCUCCGGGCUGGCCGCCAAGCUGAGCCGGGCCCGGGAGCUGCUGGCGCGGGGGCGGCCGUGCUGCGCCGCGGACGACGGGCUCUCCGACCUCGUGCAGAUCGCCGUCGACGGGCCGCCCGUCAACGAGUUUGACUUUGCGUUGGCCGUCGAGUACUACGAGGGCAUGCGGGAGUCCGGCUGCCUCGCGGCGCAGGUGAAGUGAGCGGCGCCGCCGAGGCCGGAGAGCCCCGGCGCUCCAGGGAUGAAGCAACGGGCUCCUUCCCUCUCCCUUUGCCCCCGGAUCACGCGUCUCCGUUGGCCAGAGCCAAGAGCCCCGGCAGGAGCUUCCCUGCGUUGUGCACUUUCCCAAGGAGCUUUCCUGAGGGGAGAUGAGAGUGAAUCCAGGA